CUGUCAAACACCGUUCGUUAAGAUACGGAUAGCACCCCGCUGAUCUAACGUGAACGUGAACGUACUUCAGCCUUCAGGUACAUCACAUCGUAGAUCGUACAGGAACAGGCGGUACAGGCAUAACAUAUACGACAUAUGCCUGAUAGUACUAUUGUCACUAUAUUGUUUAUUACUUGGUACUUAGAAUUAGCUUGAUAUUGGACAAGUGUUUUAUGUGUGCUUUUGUGAAUAGCAUUUGAAUGUAAAAUAACAAUUCAGAAUGGAUAGCGAUGAUGAUUGUAGCCUACCUGCUGACACCAUGCUAAUUCUACAACAGUUCUUAAAAGAAAGGAACUUGCACCAAAAGGCAGAGCAGAUGAAAGAACAUUCUGCGGAUGAUAUUCAGGAAAAUUGGCAACUGAGUCAAUUUUGGUACGACACGGACACUAAAGAAAAAUUAGCCUCUGUCGUCAAUUAUUUUCGACGCCAAUCUUUGGGAGUACCAAAAACAGAACCUCGUGUAGCAUUGCUUUCAUGUCCCUCGCUGUAUAACCACGUUAAAGCCAUCAAUAAAGACGUGACCUUGUUCGAAUUUGAUCAACGCUUUGAAGCAAUUGGUGCGGAUUUUAUCCAUUUUGAUUACAACAAGGCAAUUAACGAUGAUUACAUGGACGAAUUUCGGCAUGCAUUUGAUCUCGUGAUCGCAGAUCCGCCGUUCCUAUCCGAAGAAUGCAUUCAAAAAGUUUCUACGGUAAUAAAGAAAAUAGCUAAUGUUGACUGCAAAAUUAUCCUUUGUUCCGGACAUGCUGUGUGCGAUUGGGCUUUCAAAUACUUAGAUCUAAAUAUUUGUAAAUUUGAACCACACCACGAACGAAAUUUAGGUAAUGAGUUCAUAUCGUAUGCAAACUUUGAUCUGGAUGAAAUACUAGCUAAAGUACCAUAAUUUUAUUGAGAAUGAAAUGCAUUAAUUAAAUUUUACAC